UUUAAGUCUUACUUAGGACACAUUAAUAAUUGAUAUUUUUUUAGAAUAAUGUAUAACAAACUAAACACAAAAAGUUCUCUUUAAGUUUUGGCAUUACAAAUAUAAUAUAAGAUUAUAUAAGGCGGUUAGCGAAUACUGUAUUGUUCCGGACGGAAUAGGGCGGGGCCUGGAAUAAUGACUGCAGUAAGGGUGCAAUGAAAGUUUUACCUGAGAUUUGAGUAAUGCAACGAGGGUCGUAGUUUCAUGUGGCAACUCUCGGUGUUCGGUGUGACGGUUAAAUUUCCUGAUGAGUUCAAGAGGGAAAAUUGAGAAAUGGUUAUUGUCGGACUGGAGCUCUGGGCACAAUAAUCAUGAAGUGUUAAAAAUUAGUGAUGUAGUCAUUGCAAAAUCUGACCGGAAGAACGAAGAACAAAUAGUGGAAGCGGAAGUUAGGACAGAAAAUAGAAAUUCGAAUGCGAAUGAAAUUGCUUCGGAGACAGAAAAUAAUAAAAUCCAAGACGGCGACGAUUUUUCACCGAGUACCUCAUCCUGGGAACCAACUGACGGUAGUUCAUCAUCGGAAGAUUCAGAUAUGGAGGUGGCACAAUCGAAGACUUUAAAAAUGGAACAAUACAUUCGUCAAUUCGCUAAAAGAAGAAACAGUAAAAAAGUUCCAACACCAAUGCAUCGACCCAACGCCGUUGUAAAAGUUUUACAGGAACGUCAGAUUAACAAAAACAAUAGAAGUCUUAGUGACACCCGUAAGAGGAAAUACCGAGAAAUUCUAACUAAUAACAAAUCUCUACCUGACUCUACACGAAAAAAUGUAUCGCCGCCAAAAGAUGCCGGCGAAACCAUAAAUAUUAAUAAGAUCGAAAUAUUUAAGAUAAAGGCAAGUUUCGAUGAAUUAUUUCAAAUGCUCAAUGAUAUGAAAUCGCAGUCGAAAGAUCAAAACUACACUGGCAGUCAUAAUAGGGAUGAGGUGGUGCAAGUCAGUAAAAGUAAAAUCCUCGACGAAAACGAAGUAGUAGGUAAUGCGAGUUACGUUGAACAUAGCGAUAGAAGCCAAAGCGAAGAAUCGAAUCGUUCAGAUGAUAACGUCUUAAUUACCAAUAAAUAUCACAAAGCACGAAUGUCACCAGAGAACCAACAGAAAACCGAUUCUCACAAAGAAAGUGAAUGGGUACCAAUUGGAAGUGGGAAAACAUUAAUACAUAAAGACAAAUACAGAAAAGUUAACUGGAAAUCAUACACAAUCGCAACGCGGUCAUUGUUACUAGCCACAUUUCCGAGAAGGAUAUUAGCGACGCACUCCUUAACAGGCAAGCGGUCACCGGCUUUUCUUAAUAAACCACCAAAAAUGUGUCUCGAUCCGAAGAUAGUUUCGGACAUCAUCAUUGAAAUCACAUCUAAAUUUAAAGUUAAGGAAAAUUUAGUCAGGGGUAUAAUAACAACGAAAUGCGCCGAUGAGUGUAAAAUGUACAAAAUGAGAUUAAGAAAUAAAAAUGUUCAACUAAAAGGACUCAAGGAACAGCCACAAAAACUCAAAGCAGAAUCUAAGAAGGGAUAAUAUCUAGUUGAUAUGUUUCUAUGAAUGACCAAAGGAUAUUUUAAUAAGUAGCGUCAGCAGUAACAUUACUUCGACUAACCUGUAAUAUUUUUUUUUACGUUUAUUUAACAUUGCCAAUACUUUGGUAUUAUAUUAAUAUAUAAGUUAAGUUAAUUUUAUUGACUACCAUUGUACCAUUAAUACUCAUUAUUAUUAUGGUUUAGCUUGAUCAAUGAAUUGUAUAUUUUUACUAACUUUAAGUUUUCAAUUUCUAAU